CCCUGUGACUUGGGUAUUGCACUAUGAAGUGGGGGGCUGAUAAUGGCAGAAACGAACUUGGGAUGGGAAGCUGGCUCACUCCUCUGCGCCUCAGUCGCUCCUCUGUGAAAUGGAAGUCUCUAAUAGGUCAAAAGGCGGCUCUGAAAGGAAAAGAAUGACUCAGGAUAGAGCGCGCUAGAAACGCCAGGAGGGUCUGUUCCUGAGAAUACGCCGGGUCUGGCUCCCUGCGAGCCAGGGUUUCAGGGUCGAGGGGUGGAAGAGUGUCCCCCAAACUGGCCGUUGCAGGGGAAGUCAGACAGAAGCAUCCUGGAGCCCUGCAGGCUGGUCCCGGACCGUCCAGGCAUCCCCAGAGCGAGCCACUGCUGCAGACGUCGAGCGGGGCCGGGGCUCCGCCGACCCAUCCAGGUGGCGAGGCGCGCUGCCCGCUUUGGCGACCUUGGUUGGGUGUCUGCCUCGUGCCCCUUGGAGCCUGUCUGCUGAUGUGCCCAGCCCGUGCCAGCCAUGCCGCCCUCCAUCUCGGCCUUCCAGGCCGCCUACAUUGGCAUCGAGGUGCUCAUUGCCCUGGUCUCCGUGCCUGGGAACGUGCUGGUGAUCUGGGCAGUGAAGGUGAACCAGGCACUGCGGGAUGCCACCUUCUGCUUCAUCGUGUCGCUGGCGGUGGCUGAUGUGGCCGUGGGCGCUCUGGUCAUCCCCCUCGCCAUCCUCAUCAACAUUGGGCCUCAGACCUACUUCCACACCUGCCUCAUGGUCGCCUGCCCCGUCCUGAUCCUCACCCAGAGCUCCAUCCUGGCCCUACUGGCAAUUGCUGUGGACCGAUACCUCCGCGUCAAGAUCCCGCUCCGGUACAAGACAGUGGUGACGCCUCGGAGGGCGGCUGUGGCCAUCGCGGGCUGCUGGGCUCUCUCCUUCGUGGUGGGCCUCACGCCCAUGCUGGGCUGGAACAACCUGAGGCAGGUGGAGCAGGCCUGGGUGGCGAACGGCAGCACCGGGGAGCCCGUGAUCAAGUGCGAGUUCGAGAAGGUCAUCAGCAUGGAGUACAUGGUCUACUUCAACUUCUUCGUCUGGGUGCUGCCCCCGCUGCUGCUCAUGGUCCUCAUCUACCUGGAGGUCUUCUACCUGAUCCGCAAGCAGCUCAACAAGAAGGUGUCGGCAUCCUCCGGCGACCCGCACAAGUACUACGGGAAGGAGCUGAAGAUCGCCAAGUCGCUGGCCCUCAUCCUCUUCCUCUUCGCACUCAGCUGGCUGCCUCUGCACAUCCUGAACUGCAUCACCCUCUUCUGCCCCUCCUGCCACAAGCCCAGCAUCCUCAUCUACAUCGCCAUCUUCCUCACACACGGCAACUCGGCCAUGAACCCCAUUGUGUAUGCCUUUCGCAUCCAGAAGUUCCGGGUCACCUUUCUUAAGAUUUGGAAUGACCAUUUCCGCUGCCGGCCCGCACCCCCCAUUGACGAGGACCCCCCAGAAGAGAGGCCCGAUGACUAGACUCUGCCUUCUGCUCCCACCUGCACACAUCCGGGUAUCUCAGCCCGGCCGGCACCUCUCCACUGUUUGACCGGUUCCUCAAGGCCUCCCUUGGCUGGGCUGUGGGGUGUGGUGCCCUGCACCUUGGCUCUUAGGGGAGGUUUGGAAGGGCAGACCAUGAGGAAGGAACCAGGUCACCCCAGGGGAGAAGGGAAGUGGCCUGCGGCUCCCCGCGCCCUCACUUACUGAGCAGCCCAGUGUUCACCUGGGCAACCCGUGGACUGAGACGUCGCAGGGGCCACGUGGGCAAACCCGGGAAGCCCCUGGCGGUGUAACCCUGGGGCCCCACUUGAGAAGAGGACAGGAGUCUCUCCAGGACCAGGGAAAGAGAGAAACUCAAUGCUCUGGCCUCACUUUCUCUCCUGUUCUCGAGGAGAAGAUGGCCAGAGCAGCCGAGGGGGAAGAACCAGGAGCUGGGUCUCUACCGGACUCCCACCAGCGAGCCAGGACCCUGUGCUCCCUCCUGGCCAUACCGGGUGCCCAGGUGCUUGCGCUCCUCAUGCUGGGGGAGCCCCAGAUCAUAUGGGAGAGGCAGAAAGAGCAGGUCCAGAUACCAUUUCCAACAUGUGUUUUAUUUUCCACUAUUUCCCUUGGACCCUGGGUGGGGGCUUGGAGUCCCCCAGUGAGUUUGGAGUGGGAGGUACAGGCCUCCGAUGGCCACUAGAUGGCAGCACUGAGCCCUCGGUCUUGCCCAGCGCGUCCCAAAGAGGAGCUUGGCCUGGACUCUUCCAGGUGACACCCAUCUCUGCGCUUCUGGGCCAGAUGGGGGAGCCCCAUAGGCGCUGUCUCUUGGGAGCCAUUCUGCCUGCCUUGGGGAGGAAGUGGGCAGACUGUGUGCACUCCUGGGGUGAGGUGUGGCAGGCUGGCCCAGGCCAGAGACCACCCUCCCGAGCGUGGGUGGGAAGGUCUUGCUGACAUUGAGAUGCCUUCAGCCCCCUUGGCAUUAGCACUUUUCGGGGACUUCAGAAGCUCUGUUACAGCAUCGAGGCUGUUAGGGUACCUGGGAAAGGACCGACGACCUCCUGGGAAGCUGGGUGCCCCUCAUCCGGAGGGUGGGGUUCUCAGCGUGAAGAGCAGCCCCGGGCCUUCCCUCCAGACCUUUCCCUCUGUCAGAGGGGGUGUCCCCUGCUCCCCAGAGUGGGCCACGUGACUAAUAAAAGCCAGAACACUCCU